AUGGGGCAGGACUACAACGCGCGCAAGUCUGCCAAGAAGGGUCGCAAGCGCAUGGCGCGCGACGGGGCCCCGAGCGACGUGCAGGGCAAGCGCGUGCGAAAGAAGAACCAGCCCCGCCGCCUGUGCAGGGGCCCCUGCUACCAGCCGCCGACCCUGACGGAGGAGGACCGCGACUGGGACGGCCGCGAGGACGGCAGCGGCAGCGACGACGGCUUCGACGCCGCGCCCGCACGCGGCCCUUCCUCUGUUGCCUUUGGCGGCCCCGGUGGCGCGGGCGACGACAGCGACGACGAGGCGGCGAUCAGGAAGCAUCAGGAGAAGCACGAGAGGGACGAGAAGAGGCGGGCGGAGGCCAAGGCGGUGGCGGCCGCGGAGAGGGGCGCGAGGAUGACGACCAGCGUCCGGUUGCUCGACCCCUCGGCCCUCGCGGCGCAGGCGAAGGCGAUCCGGGACGGCGGCAAAGGCGAGGGGAAGCCGAAGGGUCAGGAGCGGCGCCCGCGGGGCGAGGGGGAGGGGGAGGAGGGGGCUGCGGCGGCGCAAGAGGUGCCCGAGGCGCUGAAGGGGUACCCCCCGCUCGUGGCUGCCUGCAUGGCCGCGCUGGGGUUCUCGGAGCCGACGCCGAUCCAGGCGGCGGCCUGGCCGCCGGCGGCGGCGCGGCGGGACGUGCAGGCCGUCGCGGAGCCGGGGAGCGGCAAAACCAUGGGGUAUCUCAUACCCGCGUUCAUGCGCAUCAGCGAGGCACGGGAGGCCGGGCGGCAGGCGGCGGCGGGGGCGGCGGAUGCGGCGGCCGCGGCGCCGCUGGCGCUGGUGCUGGCGCCGACGCGCGAGCUGGCUCUGCAGGUCGCCGGCGCGGCGCGCGCGCUGCGGGCGCCGACGCGCGCGGCGAGCGCGGUCGUCUACGGCGGCGUGCUGCGGGAGCGGCAGAUCGAGGCUCUCUCCAAGAACCCCCAGCUCCUGGUGGCCACCCCGGGCCGCCUCCUCGACCUCGUCGACGCGGGCGCCCUCAACCUCGGAUCCGUCGAGUGCGUCGUGCUCGACGAGGCCGACAAGAUGCUCAACCUCGGCUUCGCGCCGCAGCUGGACCGCCUCCGGUGCAUGCUGCUGCCGCCGGCGGCGCCGGACGGCGGCGAAGGCAAAGAAGAUGGGCCAAGGAAGAAGAAGCGCAAGGGGCAGGCGGAGGGUGGAACGGUCGCGGCCGACAGGGCGGCGCGGCGGCGGCGGCCGCAGGUGCUGCUAUUCACGGCGACGAUGCCGCGGGAGGUGGAGGUGACGGCGGGCGCGUGGCUGGCGGCGGGGGCGGCGCGGGUGCGCAGCGCGCCGUCGGCCGAGUCGAUCAGCAAGACCAUCACGCAG